CACAUUUGGCAUAAUUUGAUUGGUACUCUAAUCCACCUCAGCUUGGUUAAUUAAAAAAUCGUUUUUUGCAGAGAAGUCCUUUCCCGAUGUUUAACAACUCUUGUUACGCUGAAACAAAAAUCAGCCUUAUCGUUUUAGCGAAGGAGUCGGAGGAACGAAAAUCCGGCAUCUGGAUGCUCUCUGCCCCUCUCUUCGCUGCUCAGCUCUCACCCAACGAAGGACGCGGGACGGUCGGAGUGACGGAGUUUUGUGUCGUACGGGAGUCCCUCGCUGGUCUCAACUCUCGUUCCAGAUGGAUGAUUCCCUUGAUGAUUCAGUGAGUUUGUUGGAUGUCGAAAAUCAUCCAAGUUGUGAUGAUGAUGAUGAUGCUUCUGCUGAAAAUCAAAGCAAAAUUGAUUAUAGUGAUGCUGGAAAUGUUGUCAAAGCAAAUGAUGAAGCACACUGCCACCAUAAGAUGAUAACUAGUUUGACAUGCGAUGACAUUAGAGGUCUAGAAUUUGGUAGUGAGGAGCAUGCUUUUAAAUUUUAUGAAGCGUAUGCUAACAGCCACGGAUUUGUCAUUAGAAAAAGUUGCGUUCGUCGAGAUCCUAAAGGUAACAUUAUCAGACGUUUGCUUGUAUGCAAUAGGGCGGGUUUGCGUAGUAAAGUCCACUUGGCAAGGGUGAAUAGAAAAAGAGAACACCGACCUCUCACACGCACUAAUUGUCAAGCUCAGCUUAAGGUCCACUUAGAUUACAAUACAUCAAAGUGGAAAGUGUCAUCAUUUCAAGAGACCCAUAACCAUGUGUUGACCCCAGUUGCAGAUGUCCAUUUGAUUCCGAAAUACCGUGCUUUAAGUGAGGCAGAUAAAGCUCAGGUAGAUAGUUUGCAUUCAUUUGGAGUUAGGACUUGUCACAUAAUGGGAUACUUGUUAGAUCAAAAGGGUGGGCAUGCUGGUAUUGGUUUUUCAAAGAGGGAUCUAUACAAUCACUUUCAUAAAAAACAACGUGACAUAAUUAAAGAUGGGGAUGCGCGUGUUACGUUGAGUUAUUUUGAAGGGAAGGCAGAUAAUGAUCCUAUGUUUUAUUCAAAGUUCCAAACCACCGGAGAUGGUAAGCUGAAGCAUUUAUUUUGGGCAGAUGGGCGCAGUAGGUCAGACUUUCAAUGUUUUGGCGAUGUACUUGCUUUUGACACCACUUACAAGAAGAAUAAAUACAACAAGCCGUUGGUUAUUUUUUCUGGUUGUAAUCAUCAUUCGCAAACAACUAUUUUCGGUUGUGCUCUGUUGGGUGAUGAGACCAUUGAGACGUACAAAUGGGUGUUAGAGGCUUUCUUGGACGCGAUGCACAACAAACAUCCCAUAUCAGUUGUCACUGAGUAUGAUGCGAUGAAUGACCAUAAUAUGUCUAACAAAUAAUAUAACAAAUAAUAUUUCUCAAAUUAUAAUAUGUUAACAAAAUAUAUUAGAUUUAACAAAAUAUAUUUCUGAUAUAAUUCUGAUAUAAUUCCAGAACAAGAAAAAAAUGAAAGUAUAACAUGUUAUCUUAU